GCAGAACAUACAACCACACUGUUCAACAGCAAUUACUGCACAACGAUGAGCUGACCCUCGAAUAUUGCUACGCGACUGUAACUCUCGCGAUGGCGACGUAUAUGUCCCCUGUACCAGCAGCCUUAGCCGUCACCUCAAGUAAUCCGCGUCGGUCACAAUAUCGUCCGACAACACGACCUGCUGUCAAUCGUGCUCUACCGUUGCCCUUCUCGAUGGCUUCAGAGACGAAUUCAAGAGAUGCUCGAAAUAUGACUGGCGAUAGUUCAGACGACGAAGAUCUUGCACCCAUAAAACUAAGUGCAGAAGCGCAGGCCAUACUAGGGGAGGAUGAACCUCAAUUUGAAGCAGAAAAGGAGAAUCUGGAGCUGGAACCUCGAAUUAUAAGGACAACAAGUACAUCAAGACGGAGGUGCAAAAUUUCACCACUUGAGAUACUAAAGGCAUCUAGUCCGCCGCAACAGAGAGAUGGCAGCCCUGCUCCACGAGUCGUUCGAGUGACGUCUAAUGCAAGACCUCCACCGGCUGCAAUCCUAGGAAGAGACGGAUCUUUCAUGUACAAGAUUCAUGAGCGAUCCACUGCUCGUACGCAAUCGGAAGCCAACGACUCGGAGACCCCUGCACCGAGGAUACGACAAGUUCGCGUCAGUGGAGGGAAGCGCUUGUCAAGAUCGCCUCCCACAAGAACAGAUCCCGAAGAGUCUCAGCCUAAUCCUGCUGGCACCGAACCUCGGAGUGUCAGCAGGUCGAAUAGUCCAAGCAUUCAGGAUCUACACAGCAGUCCAGACGAGGAGAGCGCCAUACCACCCUCCACAGUGGCACGCCCUCGCAGGGGCGAAGACAAUGGAGCUCAAAGCACGAUGCGUGUUCGACGCAUUGGGGGCGCUUUGCUGAACAGACCUGUCAGAAGAGGCAUGGUUCGCCGAUCGAGCGAGGAAGAUGAAAUUCCUCUUGAUAAUCAAGACCAUGAACAACCAGGUACGCCCGAAAUGGAGGUUGGAAGGCGAGUAAGAGAGCCUCUAUUGGCAGAUCUACCGGAUGACAUACUCGCUCUGCAAGGUAGUCCACAGCCGGUCAAAGCGGAACUGUCACCAAGAAUCGCAUCUCCUCAGCCGAUGAAACCACCAUCACCAAAGGUAUCAUCAGCGAGGCCAGGUUCCGGACGUCAGCUUGCACCAACACCACGAUCUCAAGAUGUCGCGCGGUCAUCAUCAAAGUCCUCCAGCUCCCGACGAGAUCCUAUUUUCAAGAUACCGCCAAUACCUUCUGCAGCGUCGGGGCCUGGCCAGGAGAAUGAACCUCCACCAACCUUUCGUCGCACCAAGCCUUCCCCAGCUAUCCUAGAGAUCCACGAAGACCAGCCAAAGUCUGAGGGAAAACCAUCGAACCAUGUCUCCCCUUCGCGUCCCCCCCUUGCUACAAAGUCUCAUAAUACACCACAUCGCCCAGCACCUGCGCCUCCCCCGAAAAUGUCCAUCCUCGACGCUGCAACAUCGAAUGCUGGUUCUCGCAACAAACGAUCAGUACAUUAUGUGCUCAAUGGCAAGACGUACAGGCGCCUUGAUUGUAUCGGACGCGGUGGCUCCUCUCGUGUAUUCCGCAUCAUGGCCGAGAACUACAAGAUCUUCGCGCUGAAGAGGGUCAACCUGGAAGACGCCGACAUGGCCGCUAUAGCGGGCUACAAAGGUGAAAUUGACCUCCUUAAGCGACUCGAACAUGUCGAUCGUGUGAUCCGCCUGUACGAUUACGAAAUCAACGAAGAAAAGGGCGUUCUCAACGUCAUGAUGGAAUUAGGCGAGAGCGAUUUCAACAAGAUGCUUAACGAACAGCUCAAGUCCGAAAAUGCACGAAUGGACAUCACCUUCACACGCCACUACUGGAAAGAAAUGCUUGAAUGUGUGGCGGCAGUACACAAGUACGAUAUCGUUCAUUCUGAUUUGAAGCCCGCGAAUUUCCUGCUCGUGAAAGGCCAGUUGAAAUUGAUCGAUUUUGGCAUCGCAAACGCAAUCGCGGACGACACGGUCAAUGUCCACCGUGAAAACCAAAUUGGCACGCCGAACUAUAUGAGUCCGGAAAGUCUAGUCGCACAACACGCUCCCGCCGGGUACUCUGCUACAGGCAAAAUACUCAAGCUGGGCAAACCAAGCGACGUGUGGAGUUUGGGAUGCAUUCUUUACCAGAUGACAUAUGGCCAGCCACCAUUUGCGCACAUUACGAAACAGUUCGAACGAAUAAUGAGCAUCCCAAAUCCCAAGGUCGAGAUUUCCUUCCCCGGGACAGGCAUUGGGGGGGCCGUGGUACCGUUUGGACUUAUCAAGACAUUGAAACGAUGUCUGACGAGGGAGCAGAGUCUGCGGCCGACGGUGGAAGAACUACUCAGUGAUGGUGACCCAUUCCUCAACCCUGUGGCCAUUAGCCCGGAUAUGCUUGGUCGUGUGAUUGGAAACGUGGUAGGCUAUUGCCGAAGACGAGAGGAAUCGAUGAGGGCGAGAGGCGAGAUCAACGCGCCAGAAGGGGUUAGUUGUCUACCCAAGGAUGAGGAGAUGAAGGGAUGGCCAUUGGCGUUUUAUGAGAAAUUGAGACAGGCACAAGAGGAGGGAACUGCUUGGUGAGAGUGAGAGAGAUGUAGGUUGGAAGAGAGAGCGAGAAAGAGACAGAGAGAGAGAUGAUGUGAUUGAACGUCUACGAGUAUUUUUGGCGGGUUUUUGGGCUUGGUGUGUCUCUUUGUCUUGGGGAUUCGCUUUUUGGAUAUCAUCGAUGUGUUGAAGCUCGAACAGCAUGCGUAGGUUGUUUGGAGCAAAUUGCUCAUCGCGACACUUCGGCGCCCUUGGUUUGUUGAUUGUUUGUUUUCUGCUGCGUUUGAGCGCUUCUUGCUAUUUUUCGUUUAUACUGUUAAGUAUAAUUAUCAACAUCGUCGAGGCAAAUCGAAUGAAC